AUGGCUUCUAAUCCUCCGGGUCCAGGCUUUCAAAACAAGACCCGAGUGGCAAUCCUGGCCGAGUUGGACAAAGAGAAGAGGCGGCUUAUGCAGAGCCAGUCCAUGAACAACCCUGGAGCAAACAUCCCUCUGUCGUCCAGGUCCAGCCUGAAGGAGGUGAGGGAUAGCGCGGAGCAGCAGCACAUCGCCGCCCAGCAGAAGGCCGCCCUGCAGCACGCACACGUCCAUUCGUCCGGCUUCUUCAUCACUCAGGACUCCUCGUUUGGGAACCUCAUCCUCCCUGUGCUGCCCCGGCUUGAACCUGAGAGUUGA